AUGAAGGAAUCAGAUGAUAUGUCAAGUAAAUGUUUAAUAUGUAACAAGAAUUCUUGUAAUGAUCUUCAUGAUAUUUUUGAUACAAGAUUUACAAAGCUCAAUUUAAGAGAUUUAGGUAAAUCAGAAAUUUGUGAUAUAUGUAUUAAAGAGUUAAACAGCUUUGAUUCAGCAGAGCUAAAAUGCUUGAGAAUACAAGAUGAAAUAUUAAAAUUGUUCAAUGAUACUCUGAAGAAUUCUUUAAAAUGCGAAUUAGAUAAUUCAGAAGAGUUUUCUGAAAAUUUUUUUGAGGACGUGGUUAGUAACAGUGAAUCUAUAGAAGAUCAAAAAAUUGAUGUGGAUACAAGUAAUGGAGUGACUGAAGCUGAACCCAUUCCAGAGCAUAAUGAACGCAAAUUACGUAGAACUCCACAAUUAAAAUCACAUGCUAAUUCACAUAAUGAUGUUCGGCCUUACGUGUGCGAAUUAUGUGGUCAAGCUUACAGACACAAAGGUGCUUUACAAAUUCAUAUAGUAAUGCAUUCUGGUCUAAGUCCAUAUCAGUGCUUAACAUGUGGUAAGCAAUUCACUCAGAAAGGAGCCUUAAAACGUCACGGCAACAUUCACUUGGGUGUUCCUAAGCAUCAGUGUGACCAGUGUGGCAAACAAUUUAUACACCGUACUUCAUUUCAAAUGCAUAUUCUUGCACACUCUAACAUACGAGACUAUACAUGCAGUACAUGUGGUUUAGCAUUACGCUCCUCAUCUCAUUUAAAUCGACACAAAAGAACUCAUAGUGGUGAACGCAAACACCCCUGCAAUAUGUGUGGAAAGAGUUUUGUGGAAAGGUACAACCUUUUAGCCCAUAUGAGAACUCAUGAUGAUCAAUCAAAACCAAAUUCAAAUAGCAAGCAUCAAUGUCCAAUAUGUUUUCUGAACUUCCAAAGAAGACGGAAAUUAGAAGAUCAUUUAAAAAAUGCACACAACACCAUACCCAAUCAAAACACUUCUGCUAAUGAUAUGAUAGUACCUUUGCAACAAGUUCCCAUGAGCAUUGAAUCAAAUUUAUCAUCUAUCGAUUGUGCAGAUGUAUGUUCUGUGAAAUUGGAAUGUUAA